UCUGCAGGAGAGCCACCUACUGGCCUUAAGAUGACGUAGAUAGCAGGCUUCCCACUCAGUUUGUACGAUAAUGUAUCCAAUUAUAACAGAUUUCCCUUCCAUAAAAGGAAUGAGACCAGUCCACGGUUAAAUAGAUGUUUCAACGUGUCAAAAGUAACGGACUCUUGCUCAUCGUAAGUUUGGUCACCCUGGCUAUAUUGAAGGCUUUCAAUUACAGGCGACAAAAUCGAAAUAAUUCAGAAGUCGAACAAUCACCAAAAAGGAAUGGCGACCGUUAGAAGAUUUCAGUUAGCAAGGAAUUUGCCAAAAUGGCUUUACUCCAAGAAAAGGAAAGGUGCUUUUGACAAGACUGUGAAGAACGCUUCUUCAACUAACCUUAAUGCAUCUCACCAAGAUCUAGUUAGCAAAUGUCCCUUUGACAAAAGUCAGCCUUCAGCGGGAGCCAACACUUCCACUGAAAACUCCUAUAUGACUUCCGAACGAGUCAAAUAUAGACCCUUCCACGAGAUCCCUGGCCCUAAGGGCUUGCCUAUAGUGGGUACCCUGUUCGAUUAUAUAAAAAAAGAUGGAUUUGGGCUUAAUAGAUUAUUCAAGGUGCAGCAAACACGCUCUCAAGAAUACGGACCCAUAUAUAGAGAAAAAUUGGCCACCGUAGAGAGCAUCGUCAUUAGCGACCCGAUCGAGUACAGCAAAGUUGUCCGAGCAGAUGGCAAAUACCCCCAGAGAACGGAGCUUUUGCCUAUAAUGCACUACAGGAAGCAAAAAGGAAUGGGACUUGGGCUUGUUAAUUCGCAAGGAGAAGAAUGGCAUCGACAACGCUCAGUCAUCGGCAAAAAAUUACUAGUUCCCAAAGAAGUUCAACAGUAUAUCCCGAGUAUGAACACGGUCACUGAUGAUUUUGUCCAAAGACUACAGCAGAUUAGAAAUCAUGAGAAUGGAGAGGUGGAAAAUAUGGAGCAUGAAAUGUUCAAAUGGGCAUUGGAAUCGAUUGGAACGGUUUUGUUUGAGAACAGAAUAGGCUGUUUCGAAGACGUCCCUCUGGCUGAUGCCAAAGACUUUAUUGAUCAUCUCCUGUGUUUCUUCAAGUAUAUGCAAACCCUGGUGUUUGGCUUACCUAUAUAUACGAUAUAUCCCACAAAGACGUACAAGCAGUUUGAGUUCCAUACAGACAAGGUGACGGCAAUUGGUCAAAAAUUCGUUGACAAGAAAGUUCAGUCUUUGAACGAAACCAGCUCCUUUAUCAAAAAUGAAGAGGAAGGAGAAAAACUUUCGUUCCUUUCUUACCUACUUAGCUCGAAAUACCUAACACCUCAGGAGGCAAAUUCUCAUGUUAUCGAUCUUAUGAUGGGCGCCGUAGAAACUACUUCCACGGCGACUAUUUGGACACUCUAUUGCCUCGCAAUCAACCCGAAUAUUCAAGACAACCUGUAUCAAGAGUUAUGCAAAGUUUUUCCAACAUCGACAGAGAUAACUGCUGAUAAACUGCAGCAUUUACCGUACCUGAAAGCGUGCCUCAAAGAAAUGUUCAGGUUGUAUCCUAUUACAUUUACAACAAGCAGAAUCUUACAAGAGGAUAUUGAAGUCUGUGGUUACCACAUACCUAAAGGGAAACACGUCCAGGCUAAUCUAUAUGGCAUGGGCCAUGAUGCAAAGUUAUUUGAAGACCCCGAAAAAUUCAAUCCUGAGAGAUGGCUCCGUGAUGGCGCCCAUGCCAGCAUGGGUAUGAAAAUAUUCUCCAAUAUGAGAUUCGGACACGGCGCCCGGAUGUGUAUUGGCAGGCGUAUUGCUGAACAAGAGAUUUAUAUUGCCCUCGUUAAAAUUUUAAAGAAUUUCAAGUUGGAGUACCACCAUGAGCCAGUGGAACCAGUGCUAAACCUAGUCAUGACUCCAGACAGGCCAGUCAAGAUCUCUUUUAUUCCUAGAACACACUUAAAGACACUGGACACUGAAUGACUGCAUUUACAUCAUAAGAGUCAAAUAGAUGGUAAAUCUGUUCUGCAUAAUAUUGGAGAUAUUGUUUUUUAAAGCAUGUUUUCAAGUUGCUGGCAUAUCGGCCGAUAUAGCCCAUCUGCUUAUUAA